AUGCCAGCUGCGAUCCGCAAUCUGCGGAAUAACCCCCAACUCCUCUUCGUUCGCUUGCCUCCUCUGCUGUCGCUCCUUUGCAUCGUUGUCGGCGUCGUCUGGCUUCUCCUCCUUCCCUUGAAUGAAUACUCCCGCAAUACCUACAUCUCCGAAAAUGCGCUUUUGCCGGGCCAGGUCCAUGCAUACUUCACCGGAAGCGAGCAGAACAUCUUCCGUGGUUACAAGCGAGAGCUAGAAGGACUACUCCACGAGGGCCGAAGUACCGAGAACCAGCAAGACGAGGCGGAGUUCACUCCAGCCAUCUCUGCUAAACUUCAAUCGAUCCUCAAGGUUGCGGGCUUGAAGGUUGCAACGCAGAAGUAUGAAUAUACCUCAGCGGGAAUCACCCAUCAGGGCGAGAACACCUACGGCAUCAUCCAUGCGCCCCGAGGCGAUGCGACAGAGGCGAUUGUCUUAGUUGCUGCAUGGAAAACGGCCGAUGAUGAGUUGAACAUGAAUGGUGUCACUUUGGCUUUGACAUUGGCUAGAUACUUCAAACGGUGGUCAUUAUGGUCUAAGGACAUAAUCUUCCUUUUCACCCCCGACAGCAAAUCCGGAACUCAGGCAUGGAUUGAUGCUUAUCAUGAUCUCCACCCGGCAUCGGUUCAGCCGCUCCCACUGAAGAGUGGUGCUUUACAGGGGGCGCUUGUCAUUGAGUAUCCCUUUGAGCACCGUUUCAAGAACUUACACAUCGUUUACGAUGGAGUCAAUGGUCAAUUGCCAAAUUUGGAUCUAUUCAACACGGCAGUGGCCAUCGCGGGUGGUCAAAUGGGCAUUGGUGCCAAUUUGCAGGAGAUGUGGGAGCACAAUGACAGCUACGAGGCGCGCCUACAGACCAUGCUACGCGGCAUGACCAAGCAAGGUCUUGGGUAUGCCACGGGCGCUCACAGUAGCUUUAUGCCCUACCAUAUUGAUGCCAUCACCUUGCAAACCAAGGGCGAAGGUUGGGAAGAUGAAAUGGCGUUGGGACGUACCAUCGAGAGUCUCUGUCGCAGCUUGAACAACCUUCUGGAGCAUCUGCACCAGAGCUUUUUCUUCUACUUGCUAAUGCAAUCCAACCGUUUUGUCAGCAUUGGAACUUACCUCCCUAGCGCUAUGCUCAUUGCUGGAAACUUUACCAUCAUGGCAAUCGCUUUGUGGAUGCGAACGGGCUAUCACCCAGACGCCAAAAAGGAAAAGCCCACAACCCCUGAGCCUCUCGAGAAAACCUCCCAUCAGGCGGCUCCUAAAAAUGGAUCGGCGCCGGAUAUCAGUGAAAGCACCGUCGCAGAGCGCCUUUUGGCUCUGCCACUCACCUUGGUCACUGGCCUCCAUUUGCUUGGCUUAGUCCCGCUCUGGAUGUUCAACACUCUUCCCCAUCAGCUAUUUACAACUAUCACCUACGUGUUCGUUGCGGUGGAUAUUGUAUUCCCUCUCGUUCUAGCCGCCCUCCUCUGUAACGGCCUGGGUAUAUUCACCCCUCUGGUCCCACAGCAGUAUCUCUUGAUCAAGUCAUUUACCUUGCUGCUCUUGGGAUUAUCUCUUUCCACCCUUGCAACACUCAACUUUUCCCUCUCUUUCAUGAUAGGUCUUCUCUGCGCACCAUUGAGCUUCAUCACCCAUCUGGAUAUCACAUCAGGUGCCAAGCGCUACGCCUUCUCUGGGGUUGGAUUGGUGUUGCUGAACCUUCUCUCCCCACCAACCGUUCUGCUGGGCGCCUGUUGGUACACUGGUAUAUCUGUCGAGACGGUCUUGACACAGGCUGCGUUCGGGUGGGAUGUUUGGGGCAUGUGGACCCAAGUUGUGGUGUGGUGUGUUUGGUGGCCAGCUUGGUUGAUUGGCUGUAUCUUGUUAGGAUCAUCCAUGUUCUAA